CAGCAGAGGCGGAGGCUGCUCCUGGACGCGUCCGGGCCGCUCAGCCGGAGCCCCAGCCCCGAGGCGCCGGGGGUGCGCUGGUUGCUGCGGCUGCUGCCCGCCGGCCGCCGCCCGGGCCCCCGCUGCCACCCGGGCCCCGGCCGCCGCUGGCGCCCGGGUCGACCCCGCCCGCGUGUGUGCCCCAGCCGGGACGCCGCCCCCGGCCGGGUCUCCACUUCUCGGCCGCACCUCCCAUGACAGCGCCCGCUCGAAGAUGGCUGCGAAGGGCGCGCACGGCUCCCACCUGAAGAUGGAGAGCGAGCUGGAGCGCUGCCGCGCCGAGGGCCACUGGGACCGCAUGCCAGAGCUGGUCCGGCAGAUGCAGACGCUAGUCGUGCCCGGCGGCGGGGGCGGCCGGCGAGCCAGCCCGAACGCCGUGCUCACCUCUGUGGACACCGAUGGCUUUGGGAAAUUGCUCCUGGCCGAGGCCCUCCUGGAGCAGUGUUUGAAGGAGAACCACUCCAAGAUAAAAGACUCUAUCCCUCUGCUGGAGAAGAGUGAGCCGAAGAUGAAUGAAGCCAGAAACCAUCUGAGCAGUAUCCUUAAUCACGGGAGGCUGCCGCCGCAGUACAUGUGUGAGGCCAUGCUGAUCCUGGGCAAGCUGCAUUACGUGGAGGGCUCGUACCGAGAUGCCAUCAGCAUGUACGCGCGGGCCGGGAUUGAUGACAUGUCCAUGGAGAAUAAGCCCCUGUAUCAGAUGCGGCUGCUGGCGGAGGCCUUUGUCAUCAAAGGCCUCUCCCUGGAACGCCUCCCCAACUCCAUCGCUUCCCGCCACCGCCUGACCGAGAGGGAGGAGGAAGUGAUCACCUGUUUCGAGAGGGCCUCCUGGAUCGCUCAGGUGUUCCUGCAGGAAUUGGAGAAGAUCACAAGUAACACCACAUCCCGCCACCUGAAAGGAUCUCACCCGGUCGACUACGAACCCACCUACUUCCUGGAAGCUGCACUCCAGAGCGCUUACGUGACAAACCUGAAGAAGGGGAACAUCGUGAAAGGCAUGAGAGAACUCCGGGAGGUCCUACGCACUGUGGAGACCAAAGCAACUCAGAACUUCAAAGUGAUGGCAGCCAAGCACCUGGCAGGGGUCCUGCUGCACUCCCUGAGCGAGGAAUGCUACUGGAGCCCCCUGUCCCACCCACUGCCCGAGUUCAUGAGCAAGGAGGAGAAUUCCUUCAUCACACAGGCCCUGCGGAAACCUCAACUCUACGAAGGAGACAACCUCUACUGCCCGAAGGAUAACAUUGAGGAAGCCCUGCUGCUGCUGCUCAUCAGCGAGUCCAUGGCUACUCGGGAUGUGGUGCUGAGCCGGGCACCGGAGCAGGAGGAGGACCGGGCAGUGAGCCUGCGGAACGCUGCGGCCAUCUACGACCUCCUGAGCAUCACGCUGGGCAGGAGGGGCCAGUACGUCAUGCUCUCCGAGUCAUCCUAUGCCGUGUCGCUGCUGCGGGAGUGCGUGAAGCUGCGGCCCUCGGACCCCACGGUGCCCCUGAUGGCCGCCAAGCUCUGCAUAGGGUCCCUGCACUGGCUGAAGGAGGCGCAGCACUUCGCCAUGAUGGUGAUUCAGCUCGGAGAGGAAGCCGGGGAGUUCCUGUCCAAGGGCUACCUGGCACUGGGUCUCACCUACAGCCUGCAGGCCACCGACGCGACUCUGAAGUCCAAGCAAGAUGAAUUGCACCGGAAGGCACUGCAGACGCUGGAGAGAGCCCAGCAGCUGGCGCCCGAUGACCCCCAGGUCAUCCUCUAUGUCUCCCUGCAGCUGGCCCUCGUCCGCCAGAUCUCCAGCGCCAUGGAGCAGCUGCAGGAGGCCCUGAAAGUGUGCAAGGAUGACGCCAACGCCCUCCACCUGCUGGCGCUCCUUUUCUCGGCCCAGAAACACUAUCAGCAUGCCCUGGACGUCAUCAACAUGGCCAUCACGGAGUAUCCUGAGAACUUCAACCUGAUGUUCACCAAGGUGAAGCUGGAGCAGAUACUGAAAGGCCCAGAGGAAGCCCUUGUGACCUGCAGACAGAUGCUGCGGCUGUGGCAGACCCUGUACAGCUUCUCCCAGCUGGGAGGCCUGGAGAAGGAUGGCAGCCUCGCCGAGGGCCUCACGCUGAAGAAGCAGAGUGGCAUGCACUUGACUCUGCCCGAUGCCCACGACGCAGACUCCGGUUCUCGGCGGGCAUCGUCCAUCGCAGCCUCCCGGUUGGAGGAGGCCAUGUCGGAGCUGACCGUGCCCAGCUCGGUUCUGAAGCAGGGCCCCAUGCAGCUGUGGACCACGCUGGAACAGAUCUGGCUCCAGGCUGCCGAGCUGUUCAUGGAGCAGCAGCACCUCAAGGAAGCAGGCUUCUGCAUCCAGGAGGCCGCGGGCCUCUUCCCCACAUCACACUCGGUGCUCUACAUGCGGGGCCGGCUGGCCGAGAUGAAGGGCAGCCUGGAGGAGGCCAAGCAGCUGUACAAGGAGGCGCUCACGGUGAACCCCGACGGCGUGCGCAUCAUGCAUAGCCUGGGUGUGAUGCUGAGUCAGCUGGGCCAUAAGAGCCUGGCCCAGAAGGUGCUACGGGACGCCGUGGAGAGGCAGAGCACCUGCCACGAAGCAUGGCAGGGCCUGGGCGAGGUGCUGCAGGCCCAGGGCCAGAGCGAGGCCGCCGUCGACUGCUUUCUCACCGCCCUCGAACUGGAGGCCAGCAGCCCAGUGCUGCCCUUCUCCAUCAUCCCCAGAGAGCUCUGAUGAGGCCUCGCAGCUUUGGGGAGGGAGGGAGCUGCCCAGUGGGCAGGCGGGCAGCAGGGAGCAUGGGUCAGGGGAGGUACGGGGCCUCAGGGCGAUACAUCUCUAGGGAAUGUGUCUGCAGGCUGCAGCCCUAAUUCUCCUCGCCUCCCCCCCCCCUUUCCCUCCGGGGCCAGCUGGGACUGGGAGCUGCUCAUCUGGAGCAGGGUGGACCAGGUCUGCAUCAAAAACAAAUCCCUUGUUUCUUGGGACUCAGACUACAUGGAGUUUGUGAGCAAGGAAGUAGCUGGGAGGCCACAUCAACACGGGGGACGCUCCCCAGUGUGUCUGGGCAUCAUCUAAAUGCGCAGUAAGGGUCUGGGAGGCUUGGGGACCCCCCCCGCCCCGUCUAAAAGCCCCUGUACUGUACCUGCCACCCUCCUUCAAUAUCUCUGACCCCGGAUUUCCCGGCUUUCCACAAGCUUUAGUCUCGAACCUCAGCUCUCUGCUCCCCACGCCAAAGAUGAGCUGCCCUUUGGCUGGGCCAAGAGGGUUCUCCUGGGUUCCUUCCUCGGCCCCUCGGGAGGCAGUCUGCUUGAACCCUCAGUGACUUAGAGUCAUGGUGACUGGACUUGUUCCCCAAGAGCGCUAGUGGGGGAACCUCACAGCUGUACUUCACCACCUGCCCUCAGCAGGCCUCGGUGCCUGAGGGAGCCCCCUGGCCCUGGCCUCACACCCCACUCUCAGGUCGUGCCCAGGGCAGUCAUGGCUUGAAGAAUCUGCUGGCAGGCGGGAAGAGGAUGGACCUCUGGGUCCUCUCCCAGGUUUAAGUUAGUGGACAGUGCCUGGCCGUGCCCCUCUUUGCUUGGGCCCGCCUUUAAUCUUCCCCUCUGUUGCCAAGUGCCUCUGGGGCCUCUGGUGUCUGGCCAGGGGCACUCAGUUCUGGGCCUAACUAAACUUCCAUUUCUGCCCACCUCCACCUCUCUAGAAACGGGCCUCAGCCGCCUCCUCAGGCCCUGGGCUGCAGCCCCUAGGAUACAAACAUGGCCGCUGGACCCAGCCCUUCCUUGCGUCAACACCUCAUUCCUUCAAGCCUUACCUUUCCGGGCAAUGGGUACAGUGUAGAUCCCUCUAGGGGUUAUAAUGUGGAGACUGGCAAUCAUCUAGGACUGCCCUGAACACCAUCCACAGCCCAUUUUCACCUCAGGCUCUCUGGGGUGACCCAAGCCCCGCCCUAGCCAUUUGGUUUCCCCUGCCUGGGGCCAAACAGGGCCUAUAAUUAGAGGGCCGGAAGGGCCGGAGCCUAGCCCCUCCCUGGUUGUGCAGGCCUCUGUGUACGUGACACCCGUCUCUACCGGGGUCCUGGGGGUGCUGGUGGGUGGUGUCUUCCCUGCUACGUGAUGCUCUUGGAACUCUCCCCACAGGCCUAUCGGGGAACUCCUUUCUCAUCUGCACUUUGGGUUUCAGUUUUAAAGCCCCGGGUGGCAUAUCUCUCACUUGAAGGUGUGUGGAAGGGUCAGGUGAAGGCUGCCCUAGCUCGGUCAGAGCCCGGUCUGUUCCUCGGAGGCGAGGCGAGAGGCUGUUGGAGACCCACGCUCCUCCCAGCCCUGGCUCAGCACUCCACACCCCCAGGUGCCACCAGGGAGAGCCUGUGCCUCUAGCCUUCCCAUGCCAGGCCAAGGGACACUGUAAGGACACCAGAUCCUUCAUCCCGCCUGGCUGAAGGAUCUCUAUAUGUGUAUGUAUGUGUAUAAAUAUAUAUAUAUAUGAUAGAGAUCUAUUUUUAUUCUGGAAUUCUGUUAGAAAAAAAAUAAACAAGAAAAAGCAAAUGCUGUUGGUUUACAUUGGGAUGCCCAAAGAUGGUGGUAGUGAGUCCUUGGUAAUAGGAAAGGCAAAGGCAACAAAUGCAUUUUGACUUGAAGCAUUCCUUUUAGGAAGCCUCAGCGGGGCUGGGCAAGUUGCUUGACAAUUCAAAAUAAAGGUCUUGAAUAAAGAGGCCCAUGAAGGGAAAGCAG